UCAAUUGCCAUCCUAGCAGCAUCAUCGUCGUCAGUCGUCACCACCCAACCCGGACGCUCCGCCGCGAGCCAAAAACCCUCCUCUCCAUCCACCCCCCUUCCCUGGCUUGCCCUAGCCAUGGCAGACGUCUGAUCCGCCUCCGAUCGCGCGACUCAUGGCAUCUUCCGCCGCGCCGAUACGCUACGGCGGUGCUGCUUCCGUCGUCGGCACAGCCGACGCGCUCAACCGCAUCCUCGCCGAUCUCUGUACCCGGGGCACACCCAAGGACGGCGCUACUGCUUCUCUAAAGAAACAUGUUGAGGAAGCAGCCCGCGAUCUCAGUGGAGAAACUUUUUCUCGGUGCAUGGAUCAGUUUUAUGAGAGGAUUGCUAAUCUUUUAGAAAGCAAUGAAGUUGCUGACAAUUUAGGUGCUCUACGAGCCAUUAAUGAAUUGAUAGAUGUUUCAUUGGGAGAAAGUGCUUCCAAAGUGUCAAGGCUCACUGCCUACAUGCGGAUUUUGUUUGAGGUAAAGCGUGAUCCUGAAGUCUUAAUUCUUGCCAGUGAAGUACUAGGUCACUUGGUGAAGUCUGGAGGAGCAAUGACUGCAGACGAAGUGGAGCGACAGAUAAAAAAUGCCUUUGCUUGGCUACACGGUGAAAGAAUUGAAUAUCGUCGGUUUGCUGCUGUCCUAAUUCUCAAAGAAAUGGCUGAAAAUGCAUCCACUGUUUUCAAUGUUCAUGUUCCUGAAUUUGUGGAUGCCAUAUGGGUUGCAUUAAGGGAUCCUACAUUGGCUAUUAGGGAACGAGCUGUGGAAGCUUUGAGGGCAUGCCUUCGUGUUAUUGAAAAGCGUGAGACACGCUGGCGAGUGCAAUGGUAUUAUCGUAUGUGUGAAGCUGCACAGGUGGGACUUGGUAAAAAUGCUUCUGUUCAUAGUAUUCAUGGCUCAUUACUUGCAGUAGGUGAACUAUUAAGGAACACAGGUGAGUUUAUGAUGUCCAGGUACAGAGAGGUGGCAGAUAUUGUUCUCAAGUACUUGGAGCAUCGUGAUAGGCUUGUUCGCCUCAGCAUUACAUCAUUGCUUCCCCGUAUUGCCCAUUUUUUGCGUGACAGAUUUGUGACAAACUACUUGAAGAUAUGCAUGGAUCAUAUCCUUGCUGUUUUACGGAUACCAGCUGAACGUGCUAGUGGUUUUAUUGCUCUUGGAGAAAUGGCUGGCGCUUUAGAUGGUGAACUCAUUCCUUAUUUGCCAACAAUUACCCUGCAUUUGCGGGAUGCUAUUGCUCCUCGGAGGGGAAGACCAUCACUAGAGGCUUUGGCUUGUGUUGGAAGCUUUGCUCAAGCAAUGGGCCCUGCCAUGGAACCUCAUGUUCGCAGUCUCUUGGAUUCAAUGUUUUCUGCUGGUCUGUCUACUAAUCUUGUAAAAGCUCUUGAACAAAUUUCUCUCAGCAUUCCUUCUUUACUACCGAUGGUACAAGAACGUUUGCUUGACUCUAUCUCGGUUGCACUUUCAAAACCUUCAAAGCCGGGUGUUACUGGAACUCGUACUAAUACAAUAUCCAAUAUUCAGCAGCUUCCAGAUGCUACUGUCUCAGUUGUGCAACUUGCUCUGCGAACUUUAGCACAGUUUGAUUUUAAGGGACAUGAACUUCUUGAGUUUGCUAGAGAAUCUGUUGUUUUAUAUAUGGAGGAUGAAGAUGGAAAUACACGGAAAGAAGCUGCCAUAUGCUGCUGCAGAUUAGUUGCAAAUUCCUUAUCUGCAAAAUCUGCUUCACAUUUCAGUUCAAGUAGAUUUAAUCGAAUUGGUGGUGCUAGGAGGCGUCGCCUUGUGGAGGAGAUAAUGGAUGAACUUCUUACUGCAGCAGUUGCAGAUGCAGAUGUCAGCGUCCGGAAGUCAGUUUUUUCAUCACUGCAUGAAGAUGUUUCAUUUGAUGUAUACUUGUGCCAGGCAGAUAGCUUGAGUUCCAUUUUUGUUGCUUUAAAUGAUGAGGAUUUUGAUGUUCGUGAAUUGGUAAUUUCAUUAGCUGGUAGAUUGUCUGAAAAGAAUCCUGCCUAUGUUGUUCCAGCAUUGCGUCGCCGUUUAAUCCAGUUACUGACAUAUCUAGAGCAAAGCAUGGAUAGCAAAGGCAAAGAAGAUAGUGCAAGGCUGUUAGGUUGCUUGAUUCGUAGUUGUGAACGAUUGGUACUUCCAUAUAUUGCUCCAAUCCACAAGGCGCUGGUUGCAAGAUUGGGUGAAGGAACAGGAACCAAUGCUAAUAAUGGUGUUGUUACUGGGGUGCUUGCAACAGUUGGAGAGCUCGCGAAAGUGGGUGGCUUUGCAAUGAGAAAAUAUCUUCCAGAGCUAAUGUCUCUUAUCGUGGAUGCUCUCUUGGACGGAGCUGUUGCCAGCAAGCGGGAAGUAGCUGUUGCAACUCUUGGUCAAGUAGUACAAAGCACAGGCUAUGUGAUUUCUCCUUACAAUGACCACCCGGCAUUGCUUGGUUUGCUAUUGAAAAUGUUGAAUGGUGAAUUGGCAUGGUCAACUCGACAAGAAGUACUAAGGGUAUUAGGAAUUAUGGGUGCUUUGGAUCCUCAUAUACACAAGCGUAAUCAGCACCUUUUAUCUGGAACCCAUGCGGAGGUUAGUCGGGCAGCAAGCGAGACUGGUCAACUUAUUGUGUCUAUGGAAGAGUUACCUACUGAAAUUUGGCCAACUUUUGUUACUCCUGAUGAUUACUACUCACAGGUUGCAAUUUGUUCUCUCAUGAGAAUUCUUCGAGAUCCCUCGCUUUCAAGUUACCACCAGAAGGUAGUGGGUUCUAUUCUGUACAUAUUCAAGACGAUGGGCCUUGGCUGUGUCCCAUACUUACCAAAGGUUCUUCCUGAUCUUUUCCAUGCUAUUCGCACAUGUGAAGAUGGUGGAUUGAAAGAGUUUAUUACUUGGAAGCUUGGUACUUUGGUAUCUAUUGUGCGUCAGCAUAUACGCAAGUACUUACCGGAAUUGCUCAACCUCAUUUCUGAUCUAUGGAUUUCUUCUUUUGUGCUACCUGCAACCUACCGACCUGUACUAGGUUCACCUAUUCUACAUCUUGUUGAACAGCUUUGCCUGGCAUUAAAUGAUGAAUUUAGGACAUAUCUACCAGUUAUACUUCCAUGUUGUAUACAAGUCCUGAAUGAUGCUGAACGGUGCAAUGACUUCUCUUAUGUCCCUGAUAUUUUGCAUACUCUGGAAGUAUUUGGCGGAACCUUGGAUGAACAUUUGCACUUACUUCUUCCUUCACUCAUUCGGUUAUUCAAAGUGGAGGCUUCGGUUGAAAUAAGACGGCGGGCCAUAAACACUAUGACCAAGCUCAUCCCUCGAGUACAGGUCAGUGGUUAUGUUUCAUCCCUAGUGCAUCACUUGAUCUUGGUCCUGGAUGGAAACAAUGAUGAACUCCGAAAGGAUGCAGUUGAUGCUCUCUGUUGCCUUGCAUAUUCUCUUGGGGAAGACUUCUCUAAAUUUAUACGGCUGAUUGACAAGCUGCUUUCAAAGCAUCAUAUGCGGCAUAAGAACUUUGAGGAGAUCAAAAGGCCCUUUAGGAGACGCGAGCCACCUAUUAUUGAUAGUUCAUCUGCGCAAAAGUUCAUGCAACAGUUUCCGCAAGAGAUUGUCAGUGACCAUGAUGCUGAGAUUGAUCGUUAUGAAGAAGGGAAUGAAACAAAUGGACAACCAAGAAAUCAUCAAAUCAAUGAUCUUCGAUUGAGAACUGCUGGAGAAGCUUCUCAGAGGAGCACUAAAGAAGAUUGGGCUGAAUGGAUGAGACAUUUUAGCAUUGAACUUCUUAAAGAAUCACCAAUGCCAGCACUACGAACUUGUGCAAAGCUUGCACAGUUGCAGCCCUCUGUUGGAAGAGAAUUGUUUGCUGCUGGUUUUGCAAGCUGCUGGGCUCAAAUGAAUGAAACUUCUCAGGAACAAUUAGUCAGGAAUCUCAAGACAGCAUUCUCAUCUCAGAAUAUUCCCCCUGAGAUACUGGCUACUCUGCUAAACUUGGCAGAAUUUAUGGAACAUGAUGAGAAACCACUUCCAAUUGAUACUAGGUUGCUUGGUGCUCUUGCUGAGAAGUGUCGAGCAUUUGCAAAGGCUCUUCAUUACAAAGAAAUGGAGUUUGAAGCUGCUUGUUCCAAGAAAAUGGGUGCAAAUCCUGUGACAGUUGUGGAAUCCCUUAUUCACAUUAACAAUCAGUUACACCAGCAUGAGGCUGCAGUUGGUAUAUUAACUUACUCACAGCAAUAUAUGGAUGUUCAACUCAAGGAAUCAUGGUAUGAGAAGUUACAAAGGUGGGAUGAUGCUCUUAGAGCUUACACUAUCAAAUCUUCUCAGGCUUCUAAUCCAUCUCAGAACUUGGAUGCUACCUUGGGUCGAAUGCGUUGCCUUGCUGCCUUGGCUCGUUGGGAAGAGCUUAGUGCCCUAUGCCGAGAGCAAUGGACGGCUGCUGAGCCAGGAGCUCGUCUAGAAAUGGCUCCUAUGGCUGCAAGUGCUGCAUGGAAUAUGGGAGAGUGGGAUCACAUGGCUGAAUAUGUCUCAAAGUUGGAUGAUGGUGAUGAUAGUAAAUUACGGAUGUUAGGAAGUACAACUGCCAGUGGUGAUGGAAGUAGCAAUGGUGCUUUCUUUAGAGCGGUUCUUAUGGUUCGACGUGAAAAAUAUGAUGAAGCUCGUCUGUAUGUUGAGAGAGCAAGGAAGUGUUUAGCAACUGAACUGGCUGCAUUGGUUCUUGAAAGUUAUGAACGCGCUUAUAGCAAUAUGGUUCGUGUUCAACAGCUUUCAGAGCUUGAAGAGGUUAUUGAUUACUGUACUCUUCCAGUUGGUAACCCUGUUGCUGAUGGUCGAAGGGAAUUGAUUCGUAAUAUGUGGAAUGAACGAAUACAAGGAACAAAACGCAAUGUUGAGGUUUGGCAAGCAGUUUUAACAGUAAGAGAAUUGGUCCUUCCACCCAGUGAAGACAUUGAAACUUGGAUUAGGUUUGCCUCGCUUUGCCGGCAAAGUGGACGUAUAAGUCAGGCAAGAUCUACAUUAAUAAAACUCUUAAAGUAUGAUCCCGACUGUUCUCCGGGAAAUUGGUUGCUCCAUGGGCAUCCUCAAGUUAUUCUAGCCUACCUGAAAUAUCAAUGGUCGCUUGGUGAUGAUCUUAAACGGAAGGAAGCAUUUUCUAAUUUACAGGAUUUAACUCUACAAUUAGCUUCUACGAAUGCCCACUCCAUGACACCCAUUGUUUCGGGUAAUGCUCCUAAUUCUAGUAUUCCUCUCCUUGCUCGUGCAUAUCUGAAACUUGGGACCUGGAAGAGGGCACUUUCCCCUGGAUUAGAUGAUGACUCAAUACAAGAGAUCCUUGUAUCCCUUAAAAAUGCCACACAUUAUGCUAAGGACUGGGCAAAAGCAUGGCAUACGUGGGCCUUAUUCAAUACAGCCGUGAUGUCUCAUUAUACAUUAAGAGGUCGUCCUGAUGUUGCAGCAAAGUAUGUUGUUGCGGCUGUCACUGGAUAUUUCUAUUCCAUAGCUUGUGCAUCAACUGCUAAGGGAGUUGAUGACAGCUUACAGGAUAUUCUUCGCCUUCUCACAUUGUGGUUCAACCAUGGAGCAACAUCUGAUGUUCAGAUGGCACUACAGAAAGGAUUUUUGCAUGUUAAGAUUGAAAUGUGGUUAGCAGUACUACCACAGAUAAUUGCCAGGAUACACUCAAAUAAUAAAGCUGUGAGGGAAUUGAUACAAUCAUUACUGGUACGAAUUGGGAAAGUGCAUCCACAGGCACUUAUGUACCCUCUGCUGGUAGCUUGCAAGUCAGUCAGCACACUGCGGAGGCGUGCAGCUGAGGAUGUUGUUGAAAAAAUUCGCCAGCAUCAUGGUAUUCUUGUUGAUCAGGCGCAACUUGUCUCACAAGAGUUAAUUAGGGUUGCAAUAUUGUGGCAUGAAAUGUGGCAUGAAGCUUUGGAGGAAGCCAGUCGCUUGUAUUUUGGUGAGAAGAAUACUGAGGGUAUGCUUGCUGCAUUAGAACCUUUGCAUGCAAAGCUUGAAGAAGGACCAGAGACCUUUAUAGAAAAUGCUUUCGUUCAGACAUAUGGUCGUGAACUACAGGAAGCACGCGAUUGCUGCUUAAAAUACAGAAGUACUGGAAAGGAUGCUGAACUUACUCAGGCAUGGGACUUGUAUUAUCAUGUUUUCAAAAGAAUUGAUAAACAGCUUCCAAGUCUUACUACUCUAGAUUUGCAGUCUGUUUCACCUGAAUUGCUGAAGUGUCAUGACCUGGAACUGGCUGUGCCUGGUACUUAUCGAGCAGAUGAAGCUGUGGUGACAAUUGCAAAUUUUGCUCCGCAACUAAUUGUCAUAACAUCAAAGCAGAGGCCAAGAAAGUUGACUAUUCACGGAAGUGACGGGGAGGACUAUGCAUUUUUACUAAAAGGACAUGAAGAUUUGCGGCAGGAUGAACGUGUCAUGCAGUUAUUUGGUUUGGUGAACACACUUCUUGAGAACUCAAGAAAAACUGGAGAAAAAGAUCUUUUUAUUCAACGUUAUGCAGUCAUUCCUUUAUCUCCGAACAGUGGUUUAAUUGGAUGGGUUCCACAUUGUGACACCCUUCACCAUUUGAUUCGUGAAUACCGAGAUGCAAGAAAGAUACCUAUAAAUCAAGAGCAUAGAGUUAUGCUGGCUUUUGCACCAGAUUAUGACCACUAUCCUCUUAUUGCCAAGGUGGAAGCAUUUGAGCAUGCUUUGCAAAGCAUGGAAGGAAAUGACUUAGCAAAGGUUCUAUGGCUGAAAAGUCGGACAUCUGAAAUUUGGCUUGAUCGCCGCACAAAUUAUACAAGAAGUUUAGCUGUGAUGAGUAUGGUUGGAUACCUUCUUGGCUUGGGGGAUCGCCACCCAAGUAAUCUUAUGCUGCAUCGUUAUAGCGGAAAAAUAUUGCAUAUUGAUUUUGGCGAUUGCUUUGAGGCAUCUAUGAGUAGGGAGAAGUUCCCUGAAAAAGUUCCUUUUAGGUUGACUCGGAUGCUUGAGAAGGCUAUGGGAGUUAGUCGGAUUGAAGGCAACUUUAGAUCAACUUGUGAAAAUGUUAUGCAAGUUCUUCGAACAAACAAGGAUAGUGUCAUGGCCAUGAUGGAGGCAUUUGUCCAUGAUCCACUCAUAAAUUGGCGAUUGUUCAAUUUUAAUGAAGUUCCUCAAGUGUCAACUUAUGUGAACGUUCAGCCAGUUGUAAAUGGUGAUGAAUCAACAUUGAAUAGAGAGCUUUCUCAACCUCUGCGCGGUGCUCGUGAGCGGGAACUGCUGCAGGCUGUCCAUCAACUUGGCGAUGCUAAUGAGGUUCUAAACGAGCGAGCUGUGGUUGUCAUGGCUAAAAUGAGCAAUAAAUUGACUGGUCGAGAUUUUUCUUCCGGUUCAUUGGUCUCUGGGGCAGGUAACUCCACUCAACAUGCGCCUGACAGUGGUAACUUGGUCUCUAGAGAUGCACGCGAAGUUGAUCAUGGCCUGUCCGUGAAGUAUCAAGUUGAUAAGCUUAUUCGACAGGCCACUUCACAUGAGAAUCUGUGUCAGAAUUAUGUCGGGUGGUGCCCGUUUUGGUGAAUAUUUUCACAAUUGGCGCUGUAAAUAUGCUGUAUAUAUUUGUUUGUUUUAUUUUUUUUCCAUUUUUCUUAUUAGAGAUUAGUGUUAGGAAGCUGUUUGUAUAUUUUUGACAUUUCAUGGUAUAAAAAAAAGAGAGGAUGUGUUGUAAUUACUCGUCUUGUAUGAAACAUGAACUAAUAUUGAUCAUUUCAUUUAAUAA